CUAUCUUUUCAAUUUACAGUCUGGUAUCAACUCCAGGCUAGGUACACAACACAAUGUUCUACCCCCGCCUGUUAGGAGCAUUUCUCCUCCUCCUCUCCGCUUCUCUCGCCCACGCCCAAUUCCAAUUCUUCGAACACAUGUUCGGAGGUGCUGGCGGCGGCGGCAGCGGAGGUGGCGGCGGCCAACGUCAUGGUCAUGGUCACCAAGGAGGACAGAAUGUACCGAGUGAUAGUUCGCGGUAUCAGGGACAGUGGGAUUCUGCAAUCUGCGAUAAAUACCUCUGUCCUGGGACGCUUGCAUGCGUACAUUUCCCGCAUCAUUGUCCGUGUCCGCACCCUGGGGUAGAAGAGAAGGUGGAACUUGGGGAGGGAAGUGCGGUUUGUGUUUCUAGGGGAGGGUUUAAGGAGGGGGAGGCGGCGAGGAAGAUUGAGUUGGCGAGGAAGGGGGUUUUGUGAGGUUGCUUAGAUUGGUUGGGUUUGGUGGUGAAUGGUGGUGAUUGGCUUGGGUGGUGGAUUUAUUAAUAUGGAUGGAUGGAUUGAUGGAUGGGCUGUGAGAUAUCUAUGGGUAGAGGGUCCGGGGGAUGGAUUGCUACGCUGGAUUUGUGGCCUGGGUGCAUGUGGUAUAGUGCAUUUCUAUGGCGGUGCUGGUUUGAGUUGAGCUUCUAGUGUGUGGAUACCGUGGUUAUCUUGGGCCAGCACAGUUGAUAAGGUACCAGUCGAUACCUGAUUCAUUCUAUUAUCUGCAUUGGUAUCUUAUUGUUAGGUAUCUGUCACUUCGCCAAUCAUCAUUCAUCUCGAGUUCCGUUGCAGGUCUGUUGAGACCAGCUCUGAGGUCUGUCCUGCUUGUGGCAGUGAGUGGAUGAAUUCAGUGCUAUCCAGACUUCAACCAGGUUUGGAGCAGUAGAGUCGCAGUUUACUACUAGGACGAUAAAAGGGGC